GACUUGGAAACAGAGAUGAGAAGAGCUUUCCUUCAAGACCACGUUUGUCAUCCCUGAGACUAUCUUGAGGACCGUGAGGACUCAGCAUUAUUGCAGCUGCAAAGGUCUGCUUUGCUACUCUUCUACUUUUCAGGACAUUCUCCUCUUCAGUCGAAACCCCUAAGGCAGCCCAACACCGGCAGCCCUCCAGGACCACGCUGCUUCUUCCUACACUGGUAGCAUGUCCUCGUCCUCAAAGCACCAGCAGACCCUCAUGCCGACCCCUCCCUCCUCCGGCCAGGCAAGCGCCAUCGCCACCCCCAACCCAAUCUCCAAGACUCCGCAAGCCGACCGCGAGUUCAAGGAGAUGGCAGAGGCGGCUGCGAGGAAGAAUGUGGAGCGUGAGACUUUUGGCUAUGGCUUGCACUCUCUGGCGCUGCAGAUCAAGGAUCCGGAGAGGAGCCGCUGGUUCUAUACGACCGUGCUCGGGAUGGAGGUGGUCAGGGAGACGGAGAUUGGGUGAGUACGAGCCUGGCGGCACCCAUAGCGCGUACGCUGGUAGCUAACAAGCUGCCAUUACGCUGCCCCAUACCCGCAGAGACGUCAACAUGAUGUUCCUUGCCUUUCCAAACCCGCCAGAC